AUCAGGGUGAGGCGAACAACUCAUCCGAUCACGCGGAUUGCGGAAGUUCAUUAUUGUGAACAACAAGCUGAAGAGAUGGCUCCCUUUACGAAGAAAAGCAGAAAGGAGGAGCUUACCCCUUUGAGAACAAAGAAUUUGCUACGCAGCAACGGUAUAAAAGGUCCAGAGUAUCUGGCGUGGGUGUCAGAGACGGUUUCUACAAAUAAAUCCGAGAGGUUCAGCCUAGAGAGUCCUGUUGGGGCCAUGCUGACCAUAGCACCUGUGGAGGACACGGAGUACAGGGACAGACCUGCGGUGGUGAACGCAUGGGGGAAGUUCUAUCUUCCCACCACCGUCACGAUGCAGGUCAUCGGUUACGUGACGGGAACCUCAUACCCUUGUGACCAGCUUGUCUUGAUGACAUGCGAGGACCAGAAAGUGUACGGCUUCGAUGGAGACGAGCUGCAUCUGCUGGCCUCCAGCCCCAAGCAGUUGUCUGAGGAGGGAAUAGCCUGCCCUCCAUCCAAGAGCUAUUACCAUGGCGAGGCCUUCAAAGACAUGACCAGCGAGGAUUGGGAGAAGGUGAAGCAGAGCCCUGUGGGGAAACGGUUGGAUGAGGAGCAUCACAAUCUGGUGGCUUCUCACAAAUCCUCCCUCCUGAAGAAUCUGAGACUCAGCAGACAAAAACAGAGCUGUCAUCAGCAGUACGGCCGCUGCCUCCCUAAUGACGUCUUGACCCAGCUGCAGAAAGGUGGAACGUGACCAUGUUUUUAGCAAUGGCUGCAACAUGGACUAAAAUAGGAAAAAAAAAACAAUGUCUGGUUCAUGACAUGGUGGACCAAGACCAAAGGAGGCGUGGAGCCGGACGUGGACGUCCAGGGUUUGAGUCCCAGGUGCUCCCUGAACGGUCCAGAUAGCAUAGAGGAGUUGUUGUUGUUUUUUUUAUUUUAUUUUUGUAUAAUGACUUGUGUGUGAGAAUAUGUUUUGCACAUUUAUUAGUCAAAUAAUGACUUUCAUGUAAACUGCGUAUCUCUUCCAGAGCGGAUGCACAGACCUGUGUGUGUGUGUGUGUAUUUGUGUAUUUGUGUGUGUGUGUGUGCAGUAAAACCUGAAUGCUGGCUCAAGUUGAGCUAAUUGUAAGCUACAGCUGAUCAUCAAUGUGGAGGUUCACUCUAAUGAGCAUCAACAGGAUAAUCCUGAGGGACUUUCACCUGAGCUACAGUCAGACUAAAACCUCUGGCUAUGAUGAAAAACAGUAAUAUCCCUCCCUGGGAGCUUCUUGCUGGAUUUCCAAUCCAGCUUUAUAUAUAAAGCAUUUUAGUUUAUCAAAGGGCUCAAAGUGUUGUACAGAAUUCAUAAAAACAUUUAAAACAUUAAAACUCUAUAGUAAGGAAAGAAACAGUGCAAUACAGAAAUGGAUUAUUACUAAAAUACAUUAGCGGCCGUGCAAUAAAAAGAUUAAUAAAAUAAGCAGAAUUAAACAUCGUCUUGCGUGGUGUCAAAGGCCAAGGCAAAUGAGUUUUAAGAAGAGAUUUAAAGUCAGUGAUGUAGCCUGUGAUGUUCAGAGGUAGCCCUAACCCUGUUGUAAAAUGUUUUAGCCAUUUUGGCCAGCCAAAGGAAAAUAGUUUCUUCACAAGUGGACUAAAGGGCUGCAAAGAUGGCAUUCAAAACAGGUUCAUUAAAGGAGGAACAGAUGUACAGAAUAAAUUUAAAUGAAAUGCUCAGAUAGCAUAAUUAUGUUUCUAGGUUCUUGGCAUUAGACUAAAAAUGAAGAAAAAUCCUCUUUAACUGUGUUUCUGUUUUUGGAAUGUAAGAAAUUGCAACCAUUUAUCCUCAGGUGUGGAACAUUGUGAGAGUGUAACAUUUAAAAAUGUAAUUAAUGCAGAAGAAAAAAAGAUUUCUUUGACCCAAUUGUUAACAUAAUUUCUCCAACCUUAAGAACAUUUUUUCUCAGAUCAAAGGAACUUUUCUAAACAUCCCAAAAUGUAAUUAUCUCCUUCAGCAGAAGGUUUUCGUCAUCAAUCCUAAGCUGUUUCUUUCAUACUUCAGCUAGUAGCAAAAAGUAAAAUCACUGUUGCACACAUGCCAGUAUCUUCUCACACACACAUGCACACACAAAAUAAUAGAUGUAGCAAGUGUUCAAUAAAUGUACAAAGUUCUAAAAUAAAAAAAGUAUUAAAACCGUUAAAAAAAAUCUAAAAAUGUGAAAAAAUAAAACUUUUAAACAUGAAA